AUGGCGUCAUACGGGCCAAAGGAUGGAACUGUGAGCGGUGGCAGUAUGCAAAUUCUUAAUGAUGAGUUUGAUGAGGGAACAGUUGUCGACGUUAACAAGUUAUCGGAGUACCGAUAUGGACUUCCCGUAUAUCAGGGAACCUCAACCGCGUGCUUUGACGGUGGUCUUUUGUUUCGUAUCGUGGAGGAAAAAAACGGCGAACGUUGGUCUUUCUACAACGAUACUCCAAAUCUUCUGAUGCAGGUGGAACUAGACUUUGAAAAGGGGUCUAAUAUUAAGGCACUUGGAAAUACGAAACUUGAGCAAAAAUCUAACGGUUCCAUUGUUUGUAAUGUAACUGUGCACCCACUUGAAACGGAACUUUUUGUAGAAGGUGAACCUAAUGGGUACACGAGUAACAUUAGGGCAGAAGGGAUUUCUGAUGAAUAUCUCAAAGAUUUGGCUGUGCAGGACAAAAACACUAUUGAUAAGGAAACCUACGAACUAUACAAAUUGGUUGGAGAAUCUUCUUCAUCUGAUGAGAUGGUGAAGGUAUGCGUCGCGAAGAAAUUGAAGUUUGUGGAUUUUGCUUUUCCACCAGAACAGGAAUCACUCCAAAUUGGUUCUAUUAUGCAAAUGAAGGUGAUACCUUGGGAGCGACCAUGCAUGUACUUAUCAGAUGAAAACGCCAAACAAAUUCGUUUAUUCCGCAGUGGCGUUCACCCAACCAAUAUUGAUGAGGGUGAUUUGGGUGAUUCAUGGUUCAUUGGUGCGGUGGCCACUCUUGCAGAAUUCCCAGACAGAGUGCGUGAUAUAUUUCGCCACCCCGUUAGCAUAGAAGAGGGCAAAAUGGAACGUGAGGUUGGCGUGUAUCGUGUCAAUUUAAAUAAAAAUGGCUGGUGGACGAAUGUUAUUAUCGAUGAUUACUUACCCUGUAUGGGUGGUUGCCCAAAAUUCGCUCGAUCCAAACGGGACCCAAUGGAAUUGUGGGUUUCGUUGCUGCAAAAGGCAUAUGCAAAGAUACAUGGAGGUUACGGGUUUAUCAUUGCAGGUGAUCCACUACACGCACUGCAAGAUCUGUCAGGCUAUCCUUGUUCUUCUUUUAACAAUGCUCUGGCUGAGGCAAGAGUAACGGGGGGUGGAGAAUUGUUUGAAAAUCUUUUUCAGUACAGUAAUCUCGGUUAUCAGGUCUUAUUUGUUGCUCCUACAAGAGAGACAUUGAACAGGGGCGCAAUGGAUGGGGUAAGUGAGUCAACUUACGCUCGUGUGGGCUUGCGCCUUGGACACGUGUACUCUGUCUUGAAACUUUUAUUUUUUCCAGAAUAUAAUCUUCGCCUCGUGCAGUUACGUAACCCAUGGUAUCGUGAUGGAGAUGCUAUUUGGAAUGGGUUCUGGAAGAAGGGUGACAGAAAAUGGAAGCAAUAUAGUGACGUGAGCGCCGCUUGUAACUAUACAGAAGAGAAUGACUUCACUUUUUAUCUUGAGUGGGAUGAGGUCUUGAGAUUUUUUAUGGGAUGUGGUGUAUGCUUCAUUCAACAUCCAAUGUACGACUUUCGUAUUCGUGGCUGCUUCAUGCAAAAUGUUCCCACCACCUGUUUGGAGAUCUCCGUGGGUGUUCCCGUCAUUAUUUGCCUUAUGCUCUCCCAAGAUGACAUGCGUGGUACCGAUAAGCAGGAGUAUUCUCCGAUCAUGAUCAGCGUUGCACACGGUUUUGGUUCCAUGACACCGAUGAGUGUCGACCUCAACAGCGGUUUUGACACCGACCACCCUUCGCCUGAGUAUGCAUUCUUCCAGACCCGUGAGACCAGUAUGUUCUACGAAUUCCUGCCCGAAAAUUCACCUUAUUUGGUGGUACCACGUGCCAUGAGCAUGUAUCCGAAACUACCAUACGUUUUUGGCUUGCGUAGUCCGGUGGAGGUGGGUACACCAAAUAGCCAGGUGCGAGUUGCGUUUCGUGCCCUGUCACCCGGAUGUGGCAUCUUUGAUAACGCCAGGAAUUUUGACGUCUCCACGGUGUCGUGCCAAACGGAGUAUCAAUCAAUUAAUCCUGAGCAGUUUUUUCCUGACAUCUACGCUGGUACCGUCAUUCAAGUUGAAUAG